ACAAUCAUCUAGGCGGAAGUGCUCAGACAGUAGUUCCUGGAUGUGAUGCGGUGCAGCGUUCAUUCACAGAAAACCCGUCCAGAACCAGGAGCCCUCUGACAUGCCGACUGGUGCGCUCCUUAGCCCGGUCUGAUUUUCAAAGUGAUCAGAAUCCACCCAGGGCUCUUCGGGCGGGAAGGAUCAUGUCUGAACACGGGCUCCGUGGGAGUGGGAGGCCGCGGAGCAGCGGACUCACACUGUGGCUCACAGUCAUUUUAUCGGCUCUGGGUUCAGCUGCAGCGGUGGCUGCUGUGGGUUCCUUCUGCGCAAUCAUCUACCCCAUACUAAGAGAGCUGCGAGCCGAGAGGCUGCCAGGAGAGAAUGGGAGUGAAAAAAGGAUGCUUGGUCUCUGGAGUAUUCUGGUGAUCUCAGUUCUUGCAGGAUGCAUCUCUUGGAUCUUCUCAUGGGUCCUCACUUACCUUGACUCGUACCAGCAUGGCAUGGCGUUCCCAAGCCUCCUGUCGCUGCCUGAUUUCAGAGACGCUUCCAGCCAUGGAUUCAACAUGAGCUAUGGGCUUGCAGUUCUGAACGGCAUAAUGGUUAUGCUCACUGUCGUCUACAGCCUCUGCUGAGGUUUUUCUUCUCAGGCUUUUUUAACCAUUCAUUGCUGUAUUUAUAUUCAGUUCUCUAGGAUGAAAAAGGAAAAUGAUUGCUUUGUGCUGGUAUAAAGAAAUGUUCAGAUCA